AUGAGCGUACCUUGGGUUCGCACACCUAUUGUGUUUCUCUCUUCGCCGACAACCAGCCAUUGCUUUCGUUAUUCCUUCGCCAGCUCUAGUAGCUGCUGGAAGGCUGUCAAAAAACCAUCCUCUGUGAACAAGAGCGGGUUGUGUGUUGUUCAGUCGACGUCUUCGCGGAGGUCACCUCAAAAUGAUGAGCCACUCCCACUUCGACGAGCAGUCCCUUCCCAAAUAGCAGACCAGCACUUUGAUUGUCUCUUGGUGCUAGAUUUUGAAGCCACCUGCUGUGACGGCGGCCCUAUACUUCCAUAUCCGGAAAUUAUUGAAUUUCCCGUGGCAAGACUUAAUGUAAAAACUUGGACUGUUAGUUCCUAUUUCCACAAAUAUGUCCGACCUACCACCAACCCCAAUAUUACUUCGUUUUGUACGCAUCUUACUGGAAUAAUUCAGGAAAUGGUGGACAAUCAACCCACUAUAGAUGAAGUGCUCCAGCAAUUCAACGAUUGGAUGUGUAAGGAGGGUCUUCUCCACUCCCGAACUGCCUUUGUCACUUGUGGCGAUUGGGAUCUUGGCGUUAUGUUACCUUCAGAAGCUCACAACAAGGGUUUGGUGAUUCCAGAAUAUUUCAAUUCAUGGAUAAAUGUGAAAAAGUCACAUUGCGAGCACACUGGUUCUUUCGCUAAAAGCUUGAGGGAACUGCUCAGUAUUUACAAGCUGCAACAUUCUGGGCGCCUUCAUAGUGGUAUAGACGAUGUGAAGAGCAUAUGUGCCAUAACGUCAGCAAUGGCAAAGCAAGGAUAUGUGUACAGGGUGAAUGGAUCUACAAACACUGCUCCGGUACGGAAAAGAGUCUUUAGGAAUGUUACUGUGCAGUAA